AGACCGUACGUCACCCCACGUCCAUUCCACAAUGCUUUGAAACUGUUUAGGAAACAGCCGCAGCCAGCUAUCAGGUUGGUGAAAGUCCGUCUUUCGUCCUAAUUAACUCAUUUUGAAUGUACUAGCGAGGUAUCUAAAUCUUUAAUGGUUUUGAGCAUUUACAUUUGAUUGACUGCUGGUUUCUCUGCACCUGUCAACAUGGUCAACGUACACAAAGGUGUUCUUGUUGAAUGUGAUCCUGCCAUGAAACAGUUCCUCCUCUACUUGGAUGAAAAAAUGGCCCUGGGAAAGAAGUUCAUCCUCAAGGACCUUGACGACACACACCUCUUCAUCCUGGCAGAGGUGGUUCAGACCCUCCAGGAGAGAGUUGGCGAGUUAAUGGACCAGAACUCAUUCACCGUCACGCAGAAAUAAUACUCAACUGUUUCAAAGAAGUCUUGCUUCUUGGACUUAGGACAGUCUUUAGAUGAACACGGUUUGCAAUGUUUUAAC